UUGGUCUACUACGCCGUUCGAAAUAUUCGGCUGUGUCUGUGUCUUGGGUCGCUUGCCAGAAUGGUGGGCAGGCGUCGUGUUUCUAUCAUUGGUUCUGGAAACUGGGGUUCAACAAUUGCGAAAAUUGUAGGCCAAAACGUUUUGCAGUUUGAGAACUUUGAAGAUGAGGUGCGGAUGUGGGUUUUCGAAGAAAUAGUUAACGAUCGGAAGCUUACAGAAAUAAUCAAUAGUCAACAUGAAAAUGUCAAAUACUUACCCGGGAUUACGCUUCCGCCUAAUGUCGUUGCUAUGCCGGACGUAGUAACCUGUACCCAAGAUGUGGACGUUCUUCUUUUUGUACUACCGCACCAGUUCCUCUCAAAGGUUUGCCAAUCAAUGAAACCACAUUUAAAACCUGGUUGCUAUGGAUGUUCGCUAAUCAAAGGGUUGGUUGAGUCGCCAGGAGUUGGGGUGAGUCUCUUGACGGACAUGAUUCGCGAAAACCUCGAAAUUCCUUGCGCAGUUUUGAUGGGAGCUAAUUUGGCAUCAGAAGUGGCGAAGGAGAUGUUCUGUGAGGCAACUGUCGGCUCUUUAGACAGGGCACGUGGUAUGGAGUUGAAGGAACUCUUCCAGACACCAUACUUUCGGAUCUCCGUAAUCAGUGACGAAGUUGGAGCUGAGUUGUGUGGGGCUCUCAAGAACAUUGUGAGCAUCGGAGCUGGCUUGACGGAGGGUCUUGGUUACGGGGAGAACACGAAGGCGGCUGUCAUUCGAUUGGGUUUCAUGGAGAUGAAAAAGUUUAUUUUCGAGUUCUUUGGUGAUCGAGGGCCCCAGGAAUCCACUUUUUUGGAGAGCUGCGGCGUUGCGGACCUGAUCACAACAUGCUACGGAGGACGUAACAGGAAGAUUGGUUUCGCGCUGGCCACCACGGAGAAGUCUGUGGAAGAUCUGGAGGCCGAAUUGCUUGGGGGUCAGUCGGCUCAGGGCGUUCUCACCGCCUCGGAGGUCUCCUCAAUGCUUCAAGACCGCGGACUGGAGGACCAAUUCCCCAUCUUCACGGUCGUGCACAAGAUCUGCCAGCGCAAGGAAAGGGCUGGAAGUUUCAUUGAAUAUAUCAAACGCCACCCGGCUCAUGAUACUCUCAAGUACUCAGGGAAACGUUGA